AUGUUUGAAAUUAAAAAAACAUUAGCAAAUGAACAUAAAGAGACGGACUCAAACAAGCCGUUUGAUGAAUUAAAAGAAUUAUCUUUCAAAAGAAAUCAACUCAUACAUGGAAUAGUUCCGAAUUCAGGUAUGCAAAAUAAUCCUAGAUCAAACACAAGCAAUGGGACUACGAUCAUACGUAAACCUUAUGCAUCGAAAACUCCGAUUCAUAGGCAGAAACCACGUCAUGUACCUUCAUUUUGUAAUUUUACAGACUCUAUGAAUAUAAAUUUUGAAAAGGAAUUGUUCGAAAAAGUCUCUAAUGAGACUGAAAGAAAUAUUAUUAUUUCUCAUUAUGAGCCAGGAACAAUUGGAUUAAGAAGAUAUGCAGUUACACAUCAAGAUGAGGUUGAUGGGUAUAUUUUCGACUUUAGUAAACGCAGCACUAGACUAUCAAAUGAUACAAUGGAUCGAACAGUUAUUACUGUUGGUUUCACUGGCAGAAAGAAAAGAUGGACACUUUGCCCUUCUUGUGACUGUAUUCCUAAGGCUGAUAAAAGGGAAAAGAUUGUUGGUCAAUGGAAAAUAUUAUAUUUACCACCAAAGGGUGGAAAUUUAAUUGUUCCAAGAUGUGUUUAUGAAGCAUAUGGCGAUGUCGUGGAUGAUUGUAAUUAUUUUGCAGCAACAUUAUGUCCACAGCAAACUUAUUGUGCUAAACACAGUAAUCAAACAAGUUUUCUUAAUAGGAAUUGGCAUUAUUCUUAUCGUCAUCAGUUUGCACUUCAAGAUUAUGUGGUUUUCUGUGACCAUUUACAGUCAGUAAGACUUGUUUGGAAGCUACAAGUAUCAAAAGAUAAUGAAUUAAAUGACAUUACGGCUGAAAUUGCUGAAAAAACUUUAAUCACGGUCAUGCAAAGAUUUCUAGAAUAUGCAAGAGUUAACGGAAUGCAUAACUUUUUCUUGUCAGCCCCCAAUCCGAAAUAUAAUAUUAAAGACAACUCUGAAGAAUCAACUCCUUUAAAUAAAGCUUGCAUUUCUGAUAAAGAUGAAAAAAGUAAUUUUGAGUCUCUCCAGUCGUGUAGCUCAUCCGAGUCGCUAUCAUCACAAUUGGAUUUAAGUAAGAUUCAAUUGCAAUUUGCCUCACAAAUAAACUCACAGGUACCGAUUUCUCAAUUUAUGAUGCAAAAAAAUUCUGGAGUUUCUUUUAACCCGGUAAUUAAUUCUUUAGCACAACAAUCAUUAUAUCUUCAUGAUUUCAUAAACUAUUUAGAUAGUACUAAAAAGCUUGAUACAAGCCUUACGGUCGAAAGGAUGAAAGCCUUUAAUGUUUUUUCGUCUUCCCAAAAUACAUCAUCUAUUCAAAUGUCUGAUAACUUGAGUAAUUGUUCAAGUGCAGGAACAACUCCUAUAUCUAUCGAUUGUAGUGACACACCAACAAUGGCUCAUGCAAGAAUGGUUAAAGCAACAAUUAAUAGUAGUGAAGAUAAUGGUAAUUCUAUAAAAAACAGUGUAUUUAAUGUUGAUGAGGAGUCUCAAAUUAUUGCGAGCAAUCAAAAUAUCACUAAAAGUCGAAAUUUACAACAUGAUUUAUUAGAAUCGUUGAGAAAUAGUCAAUUAAUUGGAGGGUCAAUACAAAAUAUUUGUGGAAUUAAUCAGUCAAUUAGUCUUGGAAAUUUUUCUCAGGUACAAUUUCCUCAAAUUUUACACCCAACAAGUACAUCCGGUCCUUAUUUAAUACUUAGUACCAAUUCAUCUAUGUACCCUUAUUGCAUUCCAAUAAAUCAUAUGGGUGCUUAUGAAACACAAAAUGCAUUAAAUAACUCCAGUAUUAUCAAUAAGCAAAAUAAUGAUUCAAAAUUGGCGCCCCUCUGUCCAUUAAACUCUCAAAUUAACUCGGAAAUAUCUGUUCCAUUUGGAAUUUCUUCGAAUUUAUGUCAGCCAAAUAAUCCUAACACUUACAAUUCGAGUAAACAAAACAAUCUUCAAAAUUCCACAUUUUCAAAUGAAGUUAAGUUCGUUCCGCAAAUAAAUCAUGCUACACAAAACAUAACAUUACUACCAAAUCAUGAAAAAAUAAUACAAUCCAAGCCAUCAAACCCAAUUAAUACAAAUGCAAUAUUAAAAAAUGGAGAUAAUUCAAGUGUAGCUCAAUAG